AUGGCGGAGCAUUUAUCGACCGUGAUCCGAGCAAAGUCGGCCGAGAUGUCUCGUCCAUCGGCAUUGAAAAAUGACUUGAUCAAUAUCAUCACUCACGACAUGAAGACUCUGGUGAAGAAGAUCCAAGAUCUGCGGCACCUCGGUAUUGAAGACAGCCAGAUUGCUCUCCCCAGAAUCUGCGUUAUAGGCGAUCAGAGUGCGGGCAAGAGCUCUCUUAUCGAGGGUAUGAGCGAGAUCAAAGUCCCACGCGCGGCAGGAACCUGUACUCGGUGCCCGAUGGAGAUUAAUCUCACUGAAAGCGAUCCCGACCAACCUUGGACGUGCCGUGUAUACCUGUCGAGGAAAUACUUUUAUGACACGAGUCAAAGAGUUGAUAAAGUGUCUAAGAAGUCACAUCCUUUCGGCCCUUGGCAUGUUCAGGAUCAAGAGGACGAGCUGUUCAUUACCUUGAGCGAUAGAGAUGAUGUCGAAGAGGCGAUCCGAUGGGCCCAACUGGCUAUCCUGAACCCAGGAAGACCGACAGCUGAGUACAUUCCUGGGCAGAAUUUUGAAACCGAUGAGAAUUAUUGUCAGGCCAAGUUCUCACCCAAUGUAGUGCGACUCGAUAUUUCCGCUCCUGGCUUCCCAAGUUUGUCAUUUUACGAUCUACCUGGUGUUAUAAGCCAGGCCGAGCACGAAAGGGACAGAUAUCUGGUUGCUAUGGUCGAGAAUCUUGUUAAAGAAUACAUUACUCAAGCGAACUGCAUCGUGCUGUUGACCUUGCCGAUGACAAAUGAUGCAACCAACUCGAGUGCUGCUCGCCUCAUGAGGGAGGUAAAGGGUGCAAAGGCGAGAACUUUGGGAGUGCUUACAAAGCCCGAUCGAAUCCAAUCCGGGGAGUCAUACGUUCAAUGGCUGGAGAUUUUGGAAGGAGACAAAUUCAAGCUUGGACACGGCUACUAUGUGAUCCGCAACAAUCCAGACCCCACGAUCCAGCAUGCUCAAGCGCGUGGUGAAGAGGAUGCGUUCUUUGCUUCAGAGCCGUGGGCAACAGAACUUGUCGCAUAUCAAGAGAAGUUUGGAACCAGAAAGUUGCAGACAGCACUCUCAAGCCUUCUACUGGACCAAAUUCAAGGUUGUCUUCCUAAGGUCAUCGAACAGAUUGAAGCCAAAUCUCAACGUAUCGAUGCUGAGCUCCAAACCCUGCCGGAUCCUCCUUCAGCGAGCAGUCCAUUCAUUCUGUGUCAGAUGCUGAACAAUUUCAGGGAGCGCGUGCAGGCGCAUAUGGACGGCGGCUCGGUUGACUAUCCGCUGCUGAAGAUGUGGUCUCAUCUAGCAAUCGACUUCAAAAAGGUGCUGAGAGAGACCCGGCCAAGUAUCAAGAUAUUAUCUCAAGCCGAGGAGCGUGAGAAAGCGAUGUACAGUCAGAAGGCUGAUGACUCAGAUAGCGAAGUCACUGAAGUCCACCCCCCUCUCGCAACUUUAGCAAAGCGCAAGGCCUUGAACCACGGCGAUACACCGGAUGCCAAGAGGAGAUUUACACCGGACUUAGACAGUUUUAGGCCAUUUGAUAAGGUCCGUCGCGAUAUCAAGAAUUUCACCUGGGAAGAAAUUCGGGAAUGCAACGAAGCUGCCACGCGAGGGUGUCUUCCAGACCAAAUCGAUCCAAAAGCAAUCGAAAUACUGAAUCAGCGGAGCGUGAAACACUGGAAAACGCCAUUGACCAUUUUCUUGGAUGAAAGCCAUAACCUAGUGAAAAGGAUACUGCUGGAGCAAGUUGAUGAGGUCUUUGUGCAGUAUCAGCGGACUAACCUCUAUCGCGAAAUACGCCGAAUUGUGGAGCAAUUCUUACAGAAGCUUCACCAGCAGCACAUCAACUGGGCAGAAGAAGUAUAUGAGAUGGAACAUAACAAUCCUUUUACGAUGAACGGAAUAGCGCUAGAGCAGGCCAAGAACGAUGGGUUUGGUGUUCUCGUACGCGCUCGGAACAGCAAUCGCUACGCUUUGUACCAAGACCGUAUUGGCAGAUACCCACAGGGGGAUAUUCGCCGUGAGAAGGAACUCAGUAGCAUGAUGGAGAAGCCACAGGAGUUGGAGGCAGCACUUGGUCCGGAUCAGUACCUCCCGGAAAUGAGAAUCAUGGCGUAUGCGCGAGGUUACUAUGAUGUUGCGAGCUCUCGUUUCGUCGACUUGAUCUGCCAGAGCACCCAUACAAAGCUCUUCUCCAAGUGCCGCGGUCAAUUGAUCGAAGAAGUUCAACGCGAGCUACAUAUCAACGAUCAUGACAUGUUUGAGAGAUGCUGCGAUCUCAUGGCAGAGGAGCCAGAGCGCCAACAUCGCCGACUGGUUCUCCAACGCGAGAAGGAGAAGAUUGUCAAGGCGCAGACAUGGCUGUCGGCUGCCAAGAAGGACGAGCCCGAAGACGUGUACGACAAUAUGACGGUCAAGUCCCAACCUCAGGACGAUUGGGCACCUUUCGCUUCGAGUAUGGAUACGUCUGUGUGAGAGUCUAUAUGCAGACGAUUGAUCGGGACAAUUGAUUAGAGCCAGAGACAAGAAACUUGGGGUGGGUUGAAAGGUGAAAGGCGGGGUACGCGAUUAUAGAAGGAGAGAGCGAUAGAUCAAAACCCCAUCCGCAUGCCCUAAGCCCUAAGCCCUGCCUGCCAAUGAUAAGGAUUGAUAGCGUUGGGAUCGG